AUCCUUAAAUAAUUUCAUUAAAUUGCGUUUCAUUUUUUUUAUUGUGUAAACGCCAUAAAACAUUUUCAAAAAUAAAUGCAUGUAAAGUGCCAUUAAGGCAUCAAAUCAAAAAGUGGAUAGCACAUACCAUAAUUACAAACACAACGCGUUUUAGAGACGAGCUAAGAGCGCGCAUUUUUUUUGCUAGCAUUUUGGCACUAAAAAGAGCAAGAAAAAAAAAGACAACCGAACAAGUCAGCGCAAAAACAACAACAGCAACCACUCAGCUGCUGACAAGGAACGAAACGAAACGAAACAACGUGUGCGUUUGCUCUGAGAAAUAGUAUAUUUACUUUUCGUGAAAAAAACAACAGAAAAAAUGCCUAAACGCGGCGGUGGCGGCGGCGGCGGUGGUGGCAGCCAGCGCUACAAUAACAACAAUAUUGGCAAUGGCGGCGGUGGCGGAGGCUCGCGUUACUCUGCACUAAAAGAUUUUGAUGCCGAUGGCGAUGACCAGCAACGUCGCAAGGACCGCAACAAGAGACGCGUUAGCUUUAAGCCGCCACAAUUUCCACACAAAAAAGAUGUCAAGCUGCGUAUGGAGGAUUUGCGUCGUUGGGAUGAGGAUGAUGAUAUGAAUGAAAUGACUACAGCCGCUAAAGAUCGUAAUGCAUUGCGCCGUCGAGGCUCACCGAUUCCACGGGGAAAAUUUGGCAAACUGAUUCCCAACACCUUCGGGUGGUAUCAAGUCACGAUACACAAUGGACAGAUGUACGGGAAGGAUGUACUAUUGCGUUCUCUAUUGGCGGCGCUAUCUCCGCACUCCUUUGCCGCCCAGUUCUGGCGAGCCGAACGUGACAGCGUCUUCUUCUAUGUGGACGACUUUGAGGUGGCCGAGCGUAUCCAACAGCUGGGAAAGCACGCAACGCUGCCCGAUGGCUUUCGCCUGUCGCCGCGCGUGCGCAACGGCAUUCCACUGGUGACCGUCGACGAUGCCCUCAAGGAGCGCAUGAAGCAGGUCAUGGCAAAGCGUUACAAUGCCCAGACCAAGGCCCUGGACAUGUCGCGCUUCUAUGCCGAUCCCGAUAUAAAGCAGGUGUUCUGCCCCCUGUUUCGGGCCAAUGUAAUGGGUGUCGCUCUCGAUAUCAUGUGCGACAAUAUACCCGAUCUGGAGGCCCUCAACCUAAAUGAUAACAAUCUGGUGUCCAUGGAGGCAUUCAGACGUGUCGACAAGCGCCUGCCGCACCUCAAGAUACUCUACUUGGGUGAAAAUAAGCUCCCUUCGCUGGCGCAUCUAUUGGUGUUUCGUAAUCUGCCCAUUGUUGAGUUGGUGCUGCGUAACAAUCCGUGCCGCUCGCGCUACAAGGACUCGCAGCAUUUUGUCAGCGAAGUACGACGCAAGUUCCCCAAGCUGGUCAAACUGGAUGGGGAAUCACUGGGACCGGUGGUUGCCUUCGAUUUGGCCGGAGCCGGAACAAUGCCAACGACGCAGGCCUCAUUUCUGUGCGAUAAUGGCGGUGCCGAUGUGGUGCGCCAAUUCCUUGAUCAAUACUUUAACAUAUUCGAUAUGGAGAGCCGUCAGUCCCUGCUAGAUGCGUAUCACGAGCAUGCCAUGCUCUCCAUCACAAUGCCAAAUGCAGGCCAUGCGGGCAGAUUGAACAAUUUUUGGAAGUUUAAUCGAAACUUUCGCCGCAUAGUGAACCAUGAACGCGAUGACCAUCGCACGAGGCUGCUCAAGAACGGCCGACUGGCCUGUGUGGCAACCCUAAACGAAUGGCCACGAACGCUGCACGAGCGUCGCACCUUUACCGUCGAUCUAACCAUUUACAACCCCCAAAUGAUUGUGUUCACUGUGACGGGUCUGUUCAAGGAGCUGAACGGCGAAGACGAUAGGCCAUCCACCUCGAACGCCUACGAGCUGCGCCACUUUAUGCGCACGUUUGUGGUGGUGCCACAGAACUCUGGCUUCUGCAUACGCAACGAGACGAUAUUCAUAACGGCCGCCACGAAUGAGCAGGUGCGCGAGUUCAAGCGUUCGCAGCAUCAGCCAGCUCCCGGCGGUGCCACAACUGCUGCCGGCGGCGGCACCACAGGCUCGAGAAUGGCAACUGCACCCGCAUCCGCGCUACAGAAUCGUUUGGGGUCGGUAGGCGGCGGGGCCACGGCCACGGUUGCAAUCUUACCAGAAGUUGGCUCAUUGUCCCUGAAUGCUUUGAGCAGCCCCACCGGGGUGCCCCAGCCUCAGCCACCAACCGCCUUUGCCAGCACCGGAUCAGCGACAGAUGAAGCAACCAAAAUACAAAUGGUUCAGGCCAUGAGUUCACAGAGUCAAAUGAAUCUAGAAUGGAGUAAGAAGUGCCUGGAGGAGACGAAUUGGGACUAUAACCACGCUGGAUUUGUGUUUGAGAAACUCUUCAAGGAGAACAAAAUACCGCCAGAGGCCUUUAUCAAAUAGAUUUGCUACAUUGGCCCAGCAAU